UUGGGAAAGAUGCAUGCUCGCCGCUCGCCUCGCCUCGCCUCGCCUCUUCGUAACUCUCCCCAUUCUCUGACACUUUCGAGUGUCUUCUUCAAAUAAGUUCAUACUUCAUAGUCCAUCGUACGCCUGCAUGAGUUCAUGUUCGGUCUCUUUUCUAUACUGAGAGAGAAAGAGAGAGAGAGAGGGAGAGGAUCUAGAUGGGUGUGCCGGCGUUCUAUCGGUGGUUGAUGAAGAAGUAUCCAAAAGCUGUAGUCGAAGCCACCGAGGAGAGAGGAGUUAGCAUAGAUACGGCCUCGCCGAACCCAAAUGGCAUUGAGUUUGAUCAUCUCUACCUCGAUAUGAAUGGAAUAAUCCAUCCUUGCUUCCACCCAGAGGAUCAUCCUUGCCCUCCGAAAACAUUCGAAGAUGUAUUCAAUAACAUAUUUUUAUACAUCGAUCACCUUUUCAGCAUUGUUAGACCCCGGAAGUUACUUUAUAUGGCCAUCGAUGGAGUAGCCCCUCGGGCCAAAAUGAAUCAACAACGAUCUAGACGUUUUUGGACUGCGAAGGACAGAGAAAUUGCCGAAGCAGAGGAAGAUAGACUAAGAAAACAGUUUGAAAUGGAAGGAAAACCUGUUCUUCCAAAACACGAAUGUGAAGUUGAAGAUUCAAAUGUAAUUACUCCAGGAACGGAAUUUAUGUACAAAUUGUCAGAGGCCUUAAGAAGCUAUAUUAGUUCACGUAUAAACAAUGAUCCAGGCUGGAAGGACAUCAAGGUAAUACUUUCUGACGCUAAUGUUCCUGGUGAGGGUGAACACAAAAUCAUGUCUUUUGUACGCCAACAGCGAAGGGUUGCCGGGUAUAAUCCAGAUACUAGGCACUGCAUUUAUGGUCUGGAUGCGGAUUUGAUAAUGCUUGCUUUAGCAACGCAUGAAGUUCACUUUUCUAUUCUGAGAGAGUAUGGGCAGCAACAGGUCCAUGAAUCUUCUAAUAUGGUCAAUACAAGUGCGCUUUGGGUUAAAAAGCCUUAUCAAUUUCUACAUAUAUGGAUAUUCAGAGAGUAUUUGGAGCUUGACAUGAAAAUAUCAGAUGAUUCUGAUCCUCCUGGGCAUCUAACAAUUGAUCUUGAGCGGAUAGUUGAUGAUUUCAUACUUAUGUGCUUUCUCGUGGGAAAUGAUUUCCUACCACACAUGCCUUCAUUAGAAAUUCAUGAGGGAGCUCUUGAUUUAUUGAUGGCUGUUUACAAGAAAGAGUUCAAGAACCUUGGUGGCUAUCUUGUUGACAUGAGUCGGCUUGCUGAAGAUAAAAGAAAAGGUUAUGUAAAACUAUCUCGUGUUGAGAAGUUCAUUCUUUUAGUUGGCUCAUAUGAAGAGAGAAUUUUCAAGAAAAGAUCAGAAUUGCGUGAGCGUCAACUUAAAAGGCUUUGCAAUUAUGCCAAUAAUCAAGAUGACUAUAAUGGUGGCCGUAUUAUGGAGAUUGGUACAAAGAAUAGCUCUUGCGUCUUUUUCAGCGAGAAAGCUCCAGCUUUUAGAGAUUCAGCAAUGGUGUCAGAAGAAAAUGUUUCAUUUCCAUUGGGGUCUGACGAUGCUGAUUCUUCCGAAAUUGUUGAAAAUACAAAAGAGUUGAAUGAAAUAUUAAAAUCAAAUCUCCGCAAGCACAAUGACCUAUAUAUGAAGGGAAAUUGUACUGACAAAGUGAGGUUUGGGAAUGCUGGCUGGAAACAAAGAUACUACAAAGAAAAAUUUUCUGCGGAAAGCUCCAUGGAUAUUGAAAACUGGAGGAGAGAAUUAGUUGCAAAUUACACUACAGGAAUAUUGUGGGUUCUUGUGUAUUAUUAUUCAGGAGUUCCAUCUUGGACAUGGUUUUAUCCAUACCACUAUGCACCAUUUGCUUCAGAUAUGAAAGGACUUGCACAAGUAAGAGUGAAGUUUGAAAAGGGUUCUCCAUUCAAACCAUUCGAUCAGCUGUUAGCUGUCCUUCCUCCGAGGAGUGCUCAUGCAGUUCCUAAAGUAUAUCAGACUCUUAUGACAGAUGAGGAGUCGAGUAUUAUUGAUUUGUAUCCUUCUGAUUUUGACAUCGAUACAGAUGGAAAACGUUUUCAAUGGCAGGGAAUAUGCAAGCUUCCUUUUAUAGAUGAGGGACGCCUUCUAUCUGAAACCAAAGAAUUAGAGAAGAAUUUGUCGGAGGCUGAAUCAGAGAGGAACAGAAACAGCAUUGAUCAGUUAUAUCUUGGUAGAAAGCACAAGUUGGCUUCACAGAUAUUUUCACUCCGUCCAAAUCCAAAUGAAAUGGUCAAUAUAGAUACCAGUUUGAGUGAUGGGAUUGGUGGAUUUAUAUGUCUACGUGAUCAGUAUACCAACAUAGAAGACGAUGGUAUCUUAUGUGUGUGUUUUGAGAUGAUUGGUGGAUUUAUGCAUAUUCCUUGUUUACUUCCUGGUGUUAAUGUACCAGACAAGACAAUUACUGAAUCUGAUAUCAUGGAUGCACAACUCUGGCAUGAAGUCCAGGUUAACAGACCGACCAAUAGGUUGUGGCAGCCAUGGGGUAAUAACAAAGAAGAUAAUAGUUUGAAUGCUGCUUCAAGUCAGUCACCUAAAACGAAACAUGAAGGCAAUGGUAGGAGUAAGAGAUUUACUUCAGAAUCUUUCCCUGAGAUGAUUUGCAAAGGUGCUGGUAUCGGAUGGAGUACUGCUGGUAGAGGAAAAAUGAAUGCUAGUUUCAAUAGAAGUGAACAAACUAAGAGCACACCUGCUAAAAUUUCUAUCAACGAGGGAGCCAUGGUACCUGGCUCAACAUUUGUGGAACAGAAGUGUCCGGGGUCAUGUUGGGAAGCUAGAAAGCAUUACAGCCAUCCUGUUCCUUUUGCUAGUAGCCUGAAACCACAGGUCAGGCCCUGCGGAACAACAGCCCAGUCGACGAACAACAAUUUCUGGCGUUCUAGCAAUGGCGUGAAAUAUGACACGAACAAUACAUGGCGGCAGAGCAUCAAAUCUGGGGCUAAUACCAGUAAUGGCCAUGGGAGGGCACAGCACGGCUCGAAAGAUUCUUUGACCUUCGCCUGGAAGCCAGUCGGCGGCUCAAUGCAAGGCCAUGGCAGAAGCAGACAUGUUCCAGAUUCUUUUGGCGGGGAAACUGGCUACCAUGGCUAGUUUCAUCCAUUCAUGGCCUUUACUGAUCGCCUUUGGUUCUUUUAGUGCUAAAUGUGUACAUGUGGUAUAUAGAUGUUUUGAGGGGCCAUACAUGUUGUGCCAUUCUGGAGUCUUUCUUGCAUUUUACUCUGUU